UUAUUCAUUCGAAGAGAGAGAGAGAGGAGAUAAUCGACUGUUCAUCCUCUUCCCCCCUUCGAGUGAAAACAGAGGAGCAGCGGCGACUCGGCGGCAAAAGCCUCUCGAUCCCGGCGGCGUUUUCUUCUCUUCCCCCUCUCCACUCACUUCUCCUUAGCAGCGACGCCUCACUCCAUCAUUGAUUCUAACUUUAGCGUAACGUCCCUUCUCGGUGAAACCAGAGCCGGACUCGAAGGAAGUCACUGUCCAUCAUCCCAACCUCCCGAACAGAGCAAGAGAAACGGCGAACAGACACCCCUCCCUUCACUUAUUUUUAUUUCUUUUCCUUUCUCUCUCUUUCUCCCUCUCUUGUCCGUUCUUUUUUCAUUUUCACAUCCCAUACACCGCUGUGAGUCUUUCGUUCGUCAUUCACGUCGGCUGGUGUGUCGUGUUAGCUCCAACGUAUAUUCUGCUCAUCAACUCUGAAAAUCUUAAGCUCAGAACUCCAUUUUCGUACAAUAGAUCCCUUCAGACCGACUCCGAAUCAAAGAGGUCAGAUCCUGAAACGAGACUGCGGUUCCCCUGUUGCAUUGUGUAAAUCCAGGCCAACACCCAAACCAAGUAUGCCCUUCCUUCACUAGAUGGUUAUCCCUCCACCAGUCAAACCGCCUAGAAUAACAAAAUUUAUUAAGCCAUAUGUGCUGAGGAUGCACUUCACAAACAAGUACGUCAGCGCGCAAGUCAUCCACUCGCCAACAGCAACAGUAGCCACCUCUGCAAGCUCACAAGAGAAGGCAUUAAGAUUAAGCAUGGAGAAUACUCGAGAUGUUGCUGCUGCAUCAAAGAUUGGGAAGAUUCUAGGGGAGCGCUUGUUGCUCAAGGACAUUCCAGCUGUAUCUGUUAUUUUGAAGAGAGAGCAGAAGUAUCACGGCAAGAUAAAGGCUGUUAUCGACUCUUUGAGGGAAACAGGUGUGAAAUUUAUUUAAUACAGAACAAAUCUCCUAUGAUUGCUUACAUAAAAUGCUGUUGCAAUAGAGGACCUUCUUCCAGCAUGGAGGUUUAUGUUCUGGUUGUUCUUUGGACUUCAGAUAAAAAAGAAUAAUAAUUUCUUUUAUUUUGGGCCAUGAGAGAUUAAGGCA